AUGAAAAAAUCAAUUCUUGAUAAAAAACUCAUAACUUUGGGAUAUGUUCCACCGGAGAAUUAUACAACAUCAUUCACUGAAUUGGUAUUAAAAUUGGAAGAAGAGCAGAUAAAACAUUAUUCUGGAAAUAAACUCGAGAAGUUCAAAUCUUCAAAAGCUGGAGAAUGGAACAAAUUACUGAAAAUUUAUUUAGAGGAUCUAAAAUUAAAUCUUCCUGAUGAAUUUUACGAUAAAAACCAAUUUUCUGAUGAACAAAAAUUAUUUUUGCUUAACAAACUUUUGAAUCUAUCAAUUUACAAUCUUUAUAAUCACACCUCAAGUGAUAUCGUAAUUACACAUAUAAACAUAUAUUAUUUGACUUAUUAUAAAAAAUUAAUAUUAAUUAUAAAAUGGAUUACAAUAGAUCUGGUGGAUAAAUCUUGUAAUUCUUCUACAAAUCAAUCGUUAUUGAGCGAAUCGGAUAAAUUAGUAAUAAAUAGAUUAAAUUUGUUUUUGGAAGAACUUAACCUUCCAUUGUUAAAUUCUGAAAGUAAAUCAUCAGAAGUUCAAUCGGCACUAGAACUUUACUUAAAAUCAACCAACAAACACACUAAUGAAAAUACACACAAUCAAACCCAGGAUUUCAAAAUUUUAAAUAAUUUCGCAAGCGAUUACUCUCAAGGACUGAAAGAUAAUAAUGAUUUUAUUCACCUUUUAAGAUUAUUAUACAGUAAGUUACACCUAUUUUCAUUUUACAAAUUCAUAUACUACUGUUUUUAG